UGUGCUUGUGGAGGUGUCGCCUCCAGGACUCUUGAGGGGAAGGGAGUCUAAAAGCAAGGGCUCCUCGCUAGGCCCCCGCAGCGCCCUCUUCUUCUCACCCGGGUCACGGGUCCCUCAGUGAGCGAGAGCCUCCCGAGCCGCCUCCCCGGCCAUGGCCAACGGAGUGAUCCCGCCGCCCGGGGGCGCCUCCCCCCUACCCCAGGUCCGGGUGCCCUUGGAGGAGCCCCCUCUGAGUCCAGACAUGGAGGAGGAGGAUGAUGACUUGGGCAAGACCUUGGCUGUGAGCAGGUUUGGGGAUCUCAUCAGCAAGCCCCCGGCCUGGGACCCCGAGAAGCCCAGCCGCAGCUACAGCGAGCGGGACUUUGAGUUGCCAUCUUGUGCUGGAUGCUGUGCUGGAUGCUGUGCUGGGCCACCAUACCAUGUUCACCGGCACACAUCCCACCACACCCACCACCCGCUCUCAGCACGCCUGCCUCCGCCCCACAAGCUGCGGCGACUGCCCUCCACCUCUGCCCGGCAAACCAGGGGGAAGAGGAAGAAGGAGAAGACCUCCGCUGCCCCCUCUGAGGGGACCCCUCCCAUCCAGGAGGAGAGGGGAGCCGGGGUGGAGGAGGACGAGGAGGAGGAGGAAGAGGAAGAGGAAGGGGAAUCUGAGGCAGAGCCUGUGGAGCCCCUACCCUCGGGGUCCCCACAGAAAGCAAAGUUCUCCAUUGGAAGUGACGAGGAUGACAGUCCCGGCCUCUCGGUGAGGGCCACCUUCACCAAGCCCCUGCCCUCGGGCAACCCUCGCUCCGACAAGAGCCCCCAGCACUCGGUCAGCUCCCCCAGCUCCCGGGCCCGGGCCUCCCGAGUUGCUGGGGAGAAGAGCCGGCCUUGGAGCCCAUCAGCCAGCUAUGAUCUACGGGAGCGGCUGUGCCCAGGAAGUGCCCUGGGCAGCCUGGGUGGCCCAGAGCAGCAGGUGCCCACCGACGAGGCAGAGGCCCAGAUGCUGGGCUCUGCGGACCUGGACGACAUGAAGAGUCAUCGGCUGGAGGACAACCCUGGUAUGCGGCGGCACCUAGUGAAGAAGCCAUCUCGGACACAGGGUGGGAGGGGCAGCCCCGGUGGCCUGGCUCCCAUCCUGCGCAGGAAGAAGAAGAAGAAGAAGCUGGACCGAAGGCCUCACGAGGUGUUUGUGGAGCUGAACGAGCUGAUGCUGGACCGCAGCCAGGAGCCCCACUGGCGGGAGACGGCUCGCUGGAUCAAGUUUGAGGAGGAUGUGGAGGAGGAGACGGAGCGCUGGGGGAAGCCCCGUGUGGCCUCGCUGUCUUUCCGCAGCCUCCUGGAGCUCAGGAGGACCAUUGCCCACGGAGCUGCCCUCCUGGACCUGGAGCAGACCACUCUGCCAGGCAUCGCACAUCUUGUGGUGGAGACGAUGAUUGUGUCUGACCAGAUUCGGCCAGAGGACAGGGCCAGUGUCCUGCGUACCCUGCUACUGAAGCACAGCCACCCCAAUGAUGACAAGGACAGUGGCUUCUUUCCCCGAAACACGUCCAGCUCCAGCGUGAACUCAGUCCUGGGCAAUCACCACCCUACCCCCAGCCAUGGCCCUGAUGGGGCGGUGCCUACCAUGGCUGAUGACCUGGGGGAGCCAGCACCACUCUGGCCUCAUGAUCCUGAUGCUAAGGAGAAGCCCCUCCACAUGCCUGGGGGAGACAGUCACCGGGGGAAAAGCCUGAAGCUGCUGGAGAAGAUCCCCGAAGACGCUGAGGCUACUGUGGUGCUCGUGGGCUGUGUGCCUUUCCUGGAGCAGCCGGCAGCGGCCUUCGUGCGAUUGAAUGAGGCCGUGCUCUUGGAGUCUGUGCUUGAGGUCCCCGUGCCGGUUCGCUUCCUCUUUGUGAUGCUGGGGCCCAGUCAUACCAGCACGGACUAUCAUGAGCUCGGGCGCUCCAUUGCCACCCUCAUGUCUGACAAGCUGUUUCAUGAGGCUGCCUACCAGGCCGACGACCGGCAGGACCUUCUGAGCGCCAUCAGCGAGUUCCUGGAUGGCAGCAUCGUGAUCCCCCCGUCGGAGGUGGAGGGACGGGACCUGCUGCGCUCUGUGGCCGCCUUCCAGCGAGAGCUGCUGCGGAAGCGGCGGGAGCGUGAACAGACCAAAGUGGAGAUGACCACCCGGGGCAGCUGCGUGGCCCCUGGGAAAGAGCUGUCAGUGGAGUUGGGGGGCUCUGAGGCGACCCCUGAAGAUGACCCCCUGCGGCGGACUGGCUCAGUAUUUGGGGGGCUGGUUCGGGACGUGAAGCGCCGGUACCCACAUUACCCCAGCGACCUGCGUGACGCUCUGCACUCCCAGUGUGUGGCAGCCGUGCUGUUCAUCUACUUCGCCGCCCUCAGCCCCGCCAUCACCUUUGGGGGGCUGCUAGGGGAGAAGACCGAGGGGCUGAUGGGCGUGUCCGAGCUGAUCGUGUCCACCGCGGUGCUCGGAGUCCUCUUCUCUCUGCUGGGAGCCCAGCCGCUGCUUGUGGUUGGCUUCUCAGGGCCACUGCUGGUCUUUGAAGAAGCCUUCUUCAAGUUCUGCCGAGCCCAGGACCUGGAGUACCUCACCGGCCGGGUGUGGGUUGGCCUCUGGCUGGUGGUCUUCGUCCUUGCCCUGGUGGCUGCGGAGGGCAGCUUCCUGGUCCGCUAUAUCUCGCCGUUCACCCAGGAGAUCUUCGCCUUCCUGAUCUCUCUGAUUUUCAUCUACGAGACCUUCCACAAGCUCUAUAAGGUGUUCACGGAGCACCCACUGCUGCCAUUCUACCCCCCUGAGAGGGCAUUGGAGGCUGGGCCGGACCUGAACGGGAGUGCCCUGCCUCCUACCGAGGGGCCGCCCGGCCCGAGGAACCAGCCCAACACGGCUCUGCUGUCCCUCAUCCUCAUGCUCGGGACCUUCCUCAUCGCCUUCUUCCUACGCAAGUUCAGGAACAGCCGCUUCCUGGGUGGCAAGGCUCGACGCAUCAUCGGGGACUUCGGCAUCCCCAUCUCCAUUCUGGUCAUGGUCCUGGUGGAUUACUCCAUUACAGACACCUACACGCAGAAGCUGACGGUGCCCACGGGGCUCUCGGUGACCUCCCCUGAUAAGCGUACAUGGUUCAUCCCACCCCUGGGCAGUGCCCGUCCUUUCCCGCCCUGGAUGAUGGUGGCAGCCGCUGUCCCGGCCCUCCUGGUCCUCAUCCUGAUCUUCAUGGAGACACAGAUCACUGCUCUUAUUGUCAGUCAGAAGGCUCGGAGGCUGCUCAAGGGCUCUGGCUUCCACCUGGACCUGCUGCUGAUCGGCUCUCUGGGUGGGCUCUGUGGGCUGUUUGGGUUGCCCUGGCUCACGGCCGCCACCGUCCGCUCAGUCACCCACGUCAACGCGCUGACUGUAAUGCGCACUGCCAUUGCACCUGGUGACAAACCCCAGAUUCAGGAGGUGCGGGAGCAGCGAGUCACCGGCGUGCUCAUCGCCAGCCUCGUAGGCCCGCUCAUCUUCACAGGGCUGUUUGAGGGGUCAGGUAGGUCUGUGUCACCUCCUCCAGGCCUGUCCAUCGUCAUGGGGGCUGUGCUGCGCCGGAUCCCCUUGGCCGUGCUCUUUGGGAUUUUCCUGUACAUGGGGGUCACGUCACUGUCUGGUAUCCAGUUGUCCCAGCGUCUGUUGCUCAUCCUCAUGCCGGCAAAACACCAUCCCGAGCAGCCCUAUGUGACCAAGGUGAAGACAUGGCGGAUGCACCUGUUCACCUGCAUCCAGCUGGGCUGCAUCGCACUGCUCUGGGUGGUCAAGUCCACGGCAGCCUCGCUCGCUUUCCCCUUCCUGUUGCUGCUCACGGUGCCUCUGAGGCGUUGCCUUCUGCCCCGGCUCUUUCAGGACAGGGAGCUGCAGGCGCUGGACUCGGAAGAUGCUGAACCAAACUUCGACGAGGACGGCCAGGAUGAGUACAAUGAGCUGCACAUGCCUGUGUGAUCCUCCAACGUGGGGCCCCUCAGAGACCCCAACACCUUAGUGACCGACACCCGGGCCCCUGUCAGAACCCAGCCCCAGGGCCGGCGGGCUCCUCCUGACCUAGAGAUGUGCCUGGAACCACUACUGAUGCCUCGGCCACAGGGGCGCCCUGACUCUGCCUGGGGCCCUGACCUUGUCUCACCCAGGUCCUGUCACAGACCAGACCAUCACAGGCUUUGAGCUCAUUACAACCACACUCCUUGUCUCGUGUCUGCCUCA